CACUCGCCCACGCUACCCUAUUUCCCUCCCCACGAUCCACCUUCCUCUUCUCCGAGUUUUGGUCUUUCAAAGCCGCCCUUGACGAACGCCUUCUCACCCAGCCUGACCCCUCCCUCACUCUUCGGCUGAGACCGCGGCUUUGCCUGGUACCCCCGCGUCAUAGUUCAUCUCCGUUACUAAACGCCAUCUAUUGACCCAACUGUCUGCCUAGCGGGCUUCUGUCCGGUAUCCUCCUCAGAUUGCUUGCACGACAACCUUCCUUCACCACAUGCCCUCUAGACACCAAGUUGUCAAUUGAUUCCUGCCAGGCCGUUCCUUUGGCGACGACAGUCCCGCUGCCGCCUGCCACCGCCUCGCGACAUUCAUUCCCUCCUGGCACGUCGACAUGGCGGCCACACCAAACCACGACGUUCUCUCCAACAGCAGCGAGCCCCAGCCCACCCCCAACGUCGACCUAGGUACCUGCGAAACUGUGGCGCUAGAGACCUACACUUUCCCUAGAGAGCGACUACGGAAAAUACUCUCUGACUCGAGCAAGACUCCCCUGGUGCUUGUGUCGUGCGGUUCCUUCUCGCCACCCACGAACCUCCACUUGCGCAUGUUUGAGGAGGCUGCUGAUUACUGUGAAUUCGAAACCGACUUUGAAGUCGUCGGUGGCUUCUUCAGUCCCGUCGGCGAUGCCUACAAGAAGGCUGGGUUGGCGUCGGCCCACCAUAGAAUCAACAUGACGAGGAUCGCUGUUCAAGCCAGUUCGAAAUGGAUUGGCGUUGAUCCUUGGGAGCCACUUCAUAAGGAGUAUCUGCCUACUGUAAAGGUCCUGGAUCACUUCGACUAUGAGUUGAACGAAGUCAUAGGCGGCAUUGAGACCUACACUGGAGAGAAGAGGCGCAUUCAUGUUGCACUACUUGCCGGUGCUGACCUGAUCCAAACCAUGAGCACACCCGGACUCUGGGCGCAAGAGGAUCUGGAUAGGAUCCUUGGGCACUAUGGAGCCUUUAUUCUCGAACGAAGUGGAACGGAUAUUGAUGAUGCACUUCUCAGCCUUCAGCAAUGGCGGGACAACAUCCGCGUUAUCCCGCAAUUAAUCCAAAACGAUGUCUCUUCGACCAAGAUUCGACUGUUCCGCAAGCGCGGCAAGAGCAUCCGUUACUACAUCCCCGAUAACGUCGUGGAUUAUAUCUACGAGCACGACCUGUACAAAGACGAGGACAAGAAGCAGUCAGAGAAGGGCAAGGAGAAGGCGUCAAGCGAUUCCACGCCGUCUGGGUCCUCCGAAAUCCCCGCAACAUCAUGAGAGUAGGUAGUGGCUUCGUUUCCUUUGACGACUUUCCAUAUGUGCAACUCGACCGCGCAUCUGGUCAAGCACUCCUUCCAUUCGCUUGACCCCACGCACACCGCUUCCCAUUAUCGCGGUCACAGUGCAAACCACCAUGUUUUGCUUCAAACUCAUUUAUGGGCGGGACUUUGAGUUGGUCUCUAGGAAGUUAUUUCAUCUAGGAUAUUCAGCCUUAGAGAGGCUUAGACGAUGGUUUGGCCUAGACGCCUUCACGGGAAGGCAACGGUAGGAUAUGGACGGGGUGGCGGCACUUUCAUUCCUAUGGCAUGAUACCACGCAUUUUAAAUCACCAUGAAAAAAUGGUUUGCGAUAAGACAGGCU